GCACAACAUCCAGCAAAUCCUGAAGGAAUGUAUUGUUAGCCUCUGCAUUGCCAAACCUGACCGACCAAUGAAAUUCUUGAAGGAAUAUUUUGACAAACUGGAAAAGUGACUGGCUUGGCUUUCAAAUUGACAUGAAUGACCUUCUCCAUUCCUCUUGUGUCUGACACAGAUUGAAAGAAUAUUGAUAAGCUACUGCAGCUGAUAACCUGAAUUCUGCAGAAAGCAUUAGGAACUGGGCAGGUAAUGUACAGAAGAGAUCAGAUGAACACAAUCAGCAGAUUGAUGUGCCUGACCAACCUGUUUGACCCAGGAUACCCUUCAAUUCCCCAUGUGUUAUUCAAGGACAAAAUUAAGGAAGAAUGUAAACAAAUAUUGGCUCGCCAGAAGUCCAAUUCUCAGUCGGACUCUCAUGAUGAUGAGAUUUCACCACCACCUCCAAAUCCAGUUGUAAAAGCAAGACAUAGAAGAGGUGGUGUGAGUGCUGAAGUAUAUACUGAAGAAGAUGCAGUAUCUUAUGUUCGAAAGGUCAUACCAAAGGACUACAAGACAAUGACUGCACUUGCAAAAGCUAUUUCUAAAAAUGUUCUUUUUGCUCAUCUUGAUGAUAAUGAACGAAGUGAUAUCUUUGAUGCCAUGUUUCCAGUUACCCACAUUGCAGGAGAAACCGUCAUUCAACAAGGUGACGAGGGUGACAAUUUCUAUGUGAUCGACCAGGGUGAAGUUGAUGUUUAUGUAAAUGGAGAAUGGGUUACAAACAUUGGAGAAGGUGGCAGCUUUGGAGAGCUUGCUCUGAUCUAUGGCACACCAAGAGCCGCAACUGUCAAGGCCAAGACAGACCUCAAGCUGUGGGGAAUUGACAGAGACAGCUACAGGCGCAUUCUAAUGGGUAGCACACUGAGAAAGCGGAAGAUGUAUGAGGAAUUCCUGAGCAAGGUCUCCAUUUUGGAAUCUUUGGACAAAUGGGAACGUUUAACUGUGGCUGACGCACUGGAACCUGUCCAAUUUGAAGAUGGGGAGAAAAUUGUGGUCCAGGGUGAACCAGGCGAUGACUUCUUCAUUAUCACGGAGGGCACUGCUUCAGUUCUUCAGCGUAGAUCGGAUAAUGAGGAAUAUGUGGAGGUUGGAAGACUAGGACCUUCAGACUAUUUUGGUGAAAUUGCCCUUCUGUUGAAUCGGCCGCGAGCAGCGACUGUAGUUGCACGUGGUCCACUGAAAUGUGUCAAGUUGGAUCGUCCACGUUUUGAACGAGUUCUGGGUCCAUGCUCUGAAAUUCUCAAGAGAAACAUCCAACGAUACAAUAGUUUCAUUUCUUUAACUGUUUAAAACUUUUGGAUCAGUUGCAGCCUUUGUGUUACUUUGUGCAAUUAAACUUGAUCUGUGUUGUUGCGUAUUACGUGUGUUUUAUGUAAGAUUUUAGACUGAUUUUAAAAGACUAUCAGAAACAAGAGGAAGGGCUCGCAAUCUGUUGAGUAAAAGUUCUAAAAUUUG